AGUGUGUGGAGCCCCAGUGUUGUGCUGACCAUGUGAGCUGGGUUAUGUGUGUGCUCUCGCCGCCGGGAUAUGUGAGGCAAUUUCUGGAUAUUUAGUUAAUAAAUGAGAAUAUUUUACCAGUGGCCGUAUGUUUACUUUGUGAGGAAGACGAAGAGAUAAGAAAAGCAGCCAUCAUGAGCAUUGACGCACAAGGAUUAAGGCACCUGCAGGCGCUACGUAGCUUCAUCGGUAACCUGGUGGACCAGGCGGAGCGUGCUGGCGGCUGUGAUUGUCACAAACCUCCAUCUCUUCUGCUAGUGGGCCCUCCAGGUGCUGGUAAAACCUAUCUGGUGAAACAGAUGAGCAAUGUGUGUGAGAUGCCAUUAUAUGGUGUUCACACUAAUCAAGUCAAAGGAGCAUCAUCAGUAAGAAAGCUCUUUGAACAAGCCAGAGACAACUACCCUUCACUGGUGUUUAUGGAUGAUGUUGAUGCCAUAUUCUCCAAUCAUGACGAGGAGCCCACCUGUUCAGCUGUAAUCCAGUCUAUUCGCGAUGAGCUCUUCAUACAGCUAGGGCCUCGUAAGCUGAAAAUUAUAGAUCCAAAAUCAACAAAAAAUCCAACAGAGGCCACCGUAGAAGUUCGAAGUGGAGUGAACGGUACUGGAGGGUCAGUAGGGAGUCGUGCUUCCAGCCGAGCUUCUACACUUUCUAGACCACCACCCUCGGCUCCACCUGAAGAUGAUGAUGUGUUAGAUGACGACUCUCAGUAUCCUGACAAUAAUGGUAUAAUUGUUGUGGCAGCCACCAGUGCCCCAUGGCUUCUAUACAAGGAUCAUGAGCUUCUGAGCAGAUUCCGUGGUGUGUACCUGGUUGGUCUACCUGACAAACAGACACGCUAUAAUUUGCUCAAGUCUCUCUUUCAAGAUGUCCACCAUAACCUCACAGAUAAAGACAUCAUGGUGGUGGCUGACAAGACAGAGGGGUUCACACCAGCUGACUUGAUGGUUGUAGUGAAAACACUUACAUACAGGCAGUUUUCCUUCCUGCUGUCUAUGGCCUCAGCACACACAGGAUCAGUUGGAUCUUCCAGUGAUGUUGGCUCCACAGGUUCACAAACACCACUGUCUUCAGAACUGUCUGAAACAGCAUCUGAAUCUGACCUUGAUGGCCUCCCAGAAUCUGAAGGGCACCUGAAGCGAGGUGUUGCUGCAGUGAAAGGAGGAAAAGCAGCAGCAGCAUCAGCAGCAGCAAAUGCUGCUAGUGGGGCUGUUCCAAAGAAGGACAUUAAACAGGCCACUAAUGGGACAAAGAAAGUUGCAGCAUCAGCAGCAAGCGUCGCUGCUCUUGGUAAUGAGUGGGAUUCUGAUUCAGAUGUCGAUGAACCACGAGUUAAUCCCGAGAGUCAGAGAGACGAGCAGCAGCAAAAGAAGAAUAAUCUGGAGAAUGCCAGAUUACCAACCCGUGUAUUGGAGAAUUCAUUGGUGUUGUCAAAACCAAGUGAAGAAAUUACUCCUGUCAAAAGUUUGAGGGAUCAAAUAUGUGUGCCUUCUCCAGAUUCUGCAAUUGGUCUUUCAAAGAGUAGCGAAGAGAUCGCCAACCCAAAAAACACAAGAUUGGAUGAGCUAAAUGUAGCACCUCGAACACCUUCUGAGAGCAGUAGUAGUGGGGUGACCUCUUCUGGCUGUGAUAGUAGUGAUAGCAGUGCAAUAGUAGAGGAUGGAGUGCGAGAAACAGACAGACAUCCACCUACCAGCAGUGACAGUGAAACUGAUGUAGAUGAAGCUGUGAAUACAAAUACUGAAAACAGAGAAGAAAGGACUACUGAGAAUUCUUUAAAACCUUCAAGUGAGACAGCUGCUUAUGUGGUCAGUACAGUGAUAGCAAAAGAGAAUGUUAAGUGUGAUGGUGCUCAUGUUGAAAUUAGGGAUAGUGAUGAAAUUGCAGAAAAUGAAAAAAGUGGCAAUGAUGAACGGGUUGGCACUCCAGUAGAGUUUGAACUGUAUUAUACUGAGCCUCCAGAGCCCAUGCGUGAUGAUAACUGUGCCAUUGACAGUGACAGUGACAAUGAUGUUUCAGAAACUCCACGAUCAAGGGGAGGGCGUCGGGUUGCUUUUUCAGGUAUGUCUACAAUGGAGCCACUGUCAGUGGAUGUGGGUGACAACUGUGGGCCACCCAAUGUAUCACUGGAUGAUCUACCGCCCAAUAUAACACUUGCACCUUCAAACUUACCCGAACCCAUGCUGGUUGAUGAUCAUCACCAGGAAGCAGCACCCAAUGCUAUUCUUCUCAGUUUGCUUUCUCGGCCGUCUCCUUCACGGUCAGACCGGCGUGACCACUGCCUUGAUGAUCCCUCUGAUAUAACCUCAUUUUUGCAUCCGGACCCUGACCUUGAUGUAAAUAAAACAUCUACUCCUGUUGAGCCAAUGGGACCCAUGUCUCCCAGUCCAAACCUGACACCAACCCAUACACCUACGCCCAGUGAAGGAUCAAGCCAUAAUGGAACUGUUGGUAGCUCAGGGAGUGGCACCCAUGCCUCAGUAGGCUCAACAAGCAGUGAGGUACACAAAAAAGAAGAUAGUGACUCAUCCUUUGAUCAUAGUGAUGGUCAUACUGUACCUUCUGAUAUAUCUACUGCAACUUGCAAUGAAACUGGAGAAACCAUGGAAUGCCGCACAGACUCUGAAGAACGAUUACAAGAGCUAGAGGAUGGCCAUGAACACCCAGACUCUGCCCAUGCCAGUGAUUAUGAUACACCUACUGAAGCAAAGGCAGUGGUUGGUGGGGGGGACAAUUCACUACUGAACCUUGAUGAUCUUGGUGAUAUUAGUAUCCAGCUCAUCACAUUGGCUGAUGUACUAGAAGUUGUAGCAAAAGGUUACAGGAGUGUUACAGAUGAAGAGAUUAAGCGAUACACAGAUUUUAUGGUGUGGUUUUCCAAUGUGGCCAAAUCUGCCUGCACACACUCAAAAGAUGGUUCUCACAAAGCCAAUGCACCCCUUCUAGAUGAUAUUAGCAUAGACUCCACAGUGUAUGACACUCCAAGCAUUGCCAAGAAGAGAAAGGGUCCUCUUCGUAAACUAGGUCGAUUUCUUCUCAAGGCCCUUAUGUUCAUACUUGACUGAAGACUAUUGUGUUACUGGUGGACGAAAUAUAAUAGUGCUCAGGAGCCAUCGAGAAAUCCUAGUCUCAGUGGAGACUGGUUGUUUAAACAUCUUGGGUUGUUUCAUUAACCAGUACAGGCUGGCAUAAUGCUCUCUCAUAUCUAUGGAAAUAAGCAGCUUCUCUACAUUUGCAUUAUUUCUUUAGUAUAAAUCAAGAGCCAAGAAUAUACAGUAGCAGCACUACAGGCAACUGUAAACAUGUGGAACACUGAUGAAUGUUGCAGCAAAUGUCUAGUUAUUUGUUUAAAACCCGUAACCUAUUGCUUUUGUGGUGAAGGCCAUAAGUAGUGCUUAGUUAUGAAGAGGGUAUAGUACCAGUGCUGGGCUUUCCAAGCAGUGAUGCAAAGCUUGUGUAAAUAUAUAAGGUAGAAGUAAAUGAGCUUAACCGCUGUUAUAUGUAUGGUAAUAUUGUAUUUGGAAAUAAAAGCUUAUAUACUUUAAAUUAUAUGCUGUAAUAGUUGCGAGAAAAUUUUUGCCUUAAACUCGUCAGACUUUUGAUAUGACAAAAUAAGUAUUGAAUCAUGUAGCAUGGCUCAUGUUCCUCACAUGUCUCCUAGGGAGUGAGGUAACUAGUUAGUGGAUGUCUAAUUGGUUGAUUUGUCAUUGAUAAUGAAUUUUUUUAAUGGUUUAGAAAAAGAAAUUACUAAACAUGUAAAUACAUUAUAUAUAGUGAAUACGUUUGGCUCCUGAUUGGCAUAAAAAAACCGACAUUCAGUGAAUGUUGAAAAUAAGCUUUCUUGGGGUUAAUUUACUUGCUCUGCUUUUUUUUUAGGCAAACAGCCAGAUCACUUAUUGUUAUGACAAUCUACUUUACAAAUAUAUCAUUCUCUUGUGUUCAUAGUACAGUACCUUCUUGUCACUGUUUAGACAUGUAACCUUGUAUUUAAUUUUUAGAGAUCUGUUCAUGAAAUAUUCUCUAUUAGAGCUUCAAAAUUACCAAAGUAAGUAUUAUUUACAUACGAAAUGAUAUACGUGAAGUUUGUAUACAUAGAUGUGUACCAACAUAAUCCAGUGUAAAUUAAUGAGGACUUCUGUUGAAUGGAUUAUCUACUAUUUUAUGGCAACUUUGUUUUUUUUUUUUUGUUAGUUUUACUAUAAUUGAGGUAAGUAUUAAACCCAUAGGGGGGCAUACAGCACAAGGGGAGUUGGAGUUUCUCUCCCCCCCCACCCCCUUACUGUUUGUGUAGGGUUCUUGGUAGGUUGACAGUGUUCAAGACAUUUAGUGCUCUUUAAUUACUGUGGAACAGUAAAUGGUAUACAUCUGUAUUUUAUGUUCAAAUAAGUCACAACCACUCAAGUUCCUCAUUAUUACAUUUGAAAUUAUAUAUUUUUUAUUAUGUUAUGUUGUUAAUGCAUUAAAUUACCUUUUAUGAGUUAUUGAAAGCAAUAAAUGUAUGACCAUCUUUCUUUGAGGGAAAUUAUGAUCUUCAGUCUAGCAUGCAUUUGUAUAUAUGUGAUAAUGUGAAUACAACAUUUUUACUUCACUUGAAGACAUUUUGAAGUUCAUAAAUUAACCUAGCUAUGCUGGGAUUUAAGUGUUGAACUCUGGUUAAUGAAAAGUAAGAAACCUUCAGAAAACAGCCAGCCAUAAUUAUUAGUCAGUGGGUUAUACAGCACCUGGAGGAAUGAGGUACUCGAGUUUGAUCCAAAGGAAUCGGGAGCCUGUCACUUAUCAAGGAAUAUCUCUUGCAGGGAUGGAUAGUGGUAUAUGAGAUUGCAUAUCUCUGUCAGAGAUCCUCUUCAGAUUGCUGAAGAGGUCAGGGGGAUAUUGAUCCAAGAUAUUGGACAUGCCCUUCCUGGAAUUAAAAAAUGUAUGCUUCUCAUGCCCCAAAGCACUGUAUGAGCCCUAUGGGUUUAGUGCUCCCUCAUUACUGUAAUAUAUUUAUGCUUGAAUUUCCUGUCCAAGUAGUUUCUUGCUUCUUAGCCUGCCAGUGUUUUGGCAGAGUAAGGAAAACAUGUUAAUGAUUGGUUCUGCAAUCUUCCCCUCAAAGAAAAAUAUUAUUGCUAAGAAACUGAAACAAAGUAUUUAAAAAAUAGCAUUAAUAUAUAAGAAUACAUUUGUGAUUACUAGAAAAAGGUAUAAAUAAAAUGCAUUACUAAUUUUUUAA